CACGUUACGUAUACUGUAGAUUUUCGCAUGCGUAUCUCAUUCGCACACCAUCAAGAAUUGAGCCCCAGAUGCGAUAAAUUUUUCUUUCUCUUUACUGAGUAAUAAAAUUUUUUUCUAACCUAUUGAUUAAUUAUAUUAAUGAAAAAUAAAAACAAAGGACAUCAAAUAGAAAGAUCGGGAAUAUAAUCGAUCCUUUAGCAGAAUAAGAAGAACGGAAUAUCGAUUCACUUUUUAUAUGUCAUCCUUUGCUUAGAAAUUCCGCUACUAUAUACAGAUGUGUUCGCAUUAUUCGAACGUAUGACCUGUGAUUUUUGAGAUACAUUUUGGAUGAUUUCCAAAGGCUUUAAACUUUAAUUUAUUAAUCGAAGAGUGGUAUUGCCACAAAUUAACAUAAUACACAUUUUUCAACGUUGAGUGACGUUGGGGCAGAAAUUUUAUUAGGUGUCUGGACUUAUAUACAGAGAGAGAGAGAGAGAGAGAGAGAGAGAGAGAGAGACCCUUUGCUUAUAACUGUCGGACGUAAUAAAAAAUUAUUUUCGUUGUGUUAUAAUUUAAAAUGCACUAAAAGAAGAAAAACAGAAGACCAUGGCUGCAGCAGCAAUUGAGGAUGACAUUUAUGCAGGAUAUAAUGACUAUCCAUCUGUAUAUAAUAUCAAGGAACUUGAACAGGAUGAGUUAUUUCAGGAAGUUGUUAAGACAAGUUAUGGGAAAAGAUCAAUUUUUACUCCAAAGGCACCAGGAAGUGCAAUGCGCUUUGGAACAUCAAGCAGAUUUCAGAGAAGUGGUACUACUACAUCCAUACAGCCUAUGACUGCUGGACUUAGACCUAUGACAGCAGUUAGAAGUGCUGGAUAUACUAGUAGUAGCAGACAAACUUUUGAUCCUCUCAAUAUGAGUAGCAGUGCUAAAGUUCCCGCACCACCAUUAGAAGCUAAUAAAGAGGACACGCCAGAAGAAAAAAUAAGAGCAACAGAAAGAAAGAUAAUGAGUCUAAUAGAAAGCUCUUCUCUGUCAGCUUCAGAAAACAAUAUGAGGAUUGCUUUAGAACGUGCACGUGAAGCUUCUUCAAGAGAAAGAGCUCUUAUACGACUGCAGGAACAAGCUGGUCUCAGUGAUAAUCAUAAUAUAGAUUUGACAUUUGCUGUACUAUUUAACUUGGCAAUUCAAUACACAAACAAUGAGAUGUAUACAGAGGCUAUAGCAACUUAUCAGGCUAUAACAAGGAACAGAAUGUUUAGCAAUAGUGCCAGAUUGAAAGUUAACAUGGGUAAUAUUUAUGUGAAAAUGGGACAACUAUCUCAGGCCAUUAAAAUGUAUAGGAUGGCAUUCGAUCAAGCUCCAACGGUCCAUAAGGAUUUAAGAAUAAAAAUAAUGCAUAACAUGGCAAUGUUAUUUGUACAAAUGGGUCGAUUAGAAGAGGCAGCUAAUAGUUUUGAAUGGGUGAUGAGAGAGAGACCUGAAUUUAAAGCGGGUUUACAUGCUGUUUUAUGUCAUUUCGCGUUAUCUCAUCGCGAUAAGAUGAAAAAAGCGUUUUUUGAAUUAUUAGAGGUACAACUUAAUGUAGAUCAAGAAGACAAAUACAGUAUAAAUCCUGAUGACGCUGCAUCUAAUAUAUUGAAUGAAGUUAUAAAAAAUGAUGAUUUGUCAAAGCUGGAAAAAGAAAUGAAGUUAGAAGCAGAAAAGACUAUACUUUGUGCAGCAAAACUUAUAGCACCCGUUAUUGAAGAUACACUUACAGCUGGGUUUGCUUGGUGUGUUGAUGCCAUAAAAUCCUCAGCUUACAGUUUCUUAGCUGCUGAUUUAGAAAUAAACAAAGCCAUGGUAUUUUUACUUAAUCGAGAAACUCAACUGGCUAUAGAUACAUUAAAAAUGUUCGAAAAUCGGGACACUAAAGCUAACAGUGCAGCAGCAACUAUGCUUUCGUUCAUUUACUAUUUGCAAGGAGAUUACGAUCAAGCGGAAAAAUAUGGUGAAGCAGCUCGUAAUACCGAUGCUUAUAAUGCAGCAGCUUAUGUUAAUUUAUCUGCUUGUGCAAUUAAAAAAGAUGAAUUUAAUAUUGCUAGAGAAUUGCUGUUGUGCGCGCUAGAAACAGAUGCUAGUCAUGUACAGGCUUUGUACAAUCUAGGUUUGGUUUACAAAAAACAGAACAUGUAUGAAGAAGCUUUAGAAUGCUUUUGGAAAGUUCGUAAUAUUGUUAGACAUGAUCCGGAAACGUUAUAUCAGCUUGGUCAUUUAUAUCAGCUGAUGAAUGAUGUCGAUCAAGCGUCUGAAUGGUAUAAUCAAUUGUUAGGCAUAAUAUCAUCUGAUCCAGGAGUUUUGCAAAAGUUAGGAGAAAUGUAUGAUUCAAUUGGAGAUAAGCAGCAGGCGUUUCAGUUUUACAGUGAUUCUCACCGAUUCUUUCCUGCUAACUUUGAAGUAAUAGACUGGUUGGGAUCCUAUUUUAUAUCGAUGCAGAUUGCUGAAAAAGCUUUAACGUAUUUCGAAAAAGCUGUAGAACUCGCACCAGAUGAACCCAGAUGGAGGUUAUUGGUUGCCGCAUGUUUAAGGCGCACUGGUCAAUUUCAUAAAGCUCUCACAGAGUAUCAAGACAUUCACAAUAAAUUUCCAGAUAACAUAGAAUGCUUGAAAUUUUUAGUUAGGCUAUGUAGCGAUCUGGGUUUGAAAGAAGCACAGAUAUAUGCAACUGAAUUGAAGAAAGCUGAGAAGGCUAAAGAACUAAAAGAUAGACAAGGGUCGGCAAGGCCAGGAUCUAGAAAGAGUAAUAGCGGGACAUCAUCGCGAGCUGGUUCAGGACUGAGUGUAAUGUCAGAUCGCAGGCCAAGCCCGGAUCGACGACCAAUUGCAGACCGGAAUGAUUAUCAAGGUACGAAUUACGUAGAUCCUAUAGGACCUCUUCCUACGCGUCCAAUGACAGCGGCUGGGAAACGAGACGAUGAUUUUGGUGACGAGGAACUUGGUGAUGAUCUCCUACCUGAAUAAUAAUAUCGUGGCUAUUCUAUGAAUGUCAUGUAGUUUUAUAUAUCUUCUAACAAAAGUAAAAAGAAAGUGCACAGUAAGUAUAAAGUAAUAUCACAAGUAGAAAGUAACUUUUACGUUACUAUUUGAGUCCAAAUGCAUGCGGCAAUGCCGUGUUAUAUAAUUAUAUUUUCGUCUUAUUUGCAUUCAUCUUAAAAGAAAAAUAAUUUAAAAAGUUAGUGUAAAUGUAAUUCGUUUAAUAAUGUAAUAUGUGAUGAACUUGUAGCAUUGUAUAUUUACAUGUUUAAUUAUUAUUUACAUUAUAUAUUAUAUAUUUUUUUUGUGUCGUGUUAAUCUGGAUGUGUAUCGAUAUCAUCACGAUUGCAAUAAAGUUCAUUACUAAGAAUAAA